AUGUCUGCCCAGCCAAAUGGAAACGCCUCUUUUCAGUGCCUCCGCAGCCGCAAGAGCUGGGAACUUGCCUCCGCAGCCGCGUACGGUUCCUUGGUUGUAGCCCUCCUGGAGAAGGGGUCCUUUGCUGUGAAGCUCUCUGCUACUCCUGACUGCUUGAAUGAUAUGGAAGAAGCAGAAUGGCAAGCAACUUGUGCCACUCGCUCAUCUUGCUAUUAUUUGUUUCCAGGAUCGGUCUCUUCUGUCGUCCUACGAAAUCAUCGUCCCGCAGAGGCUCAGGACAAAGUGUCAUAUGUCAUUGAGAUCGAGGGGAAAGAGCACACGAUUCACUUAGAAAAGAACACACUAUUAUUACCCAAAGACUUCACAGUUUACAGCUACAAUGAGGAGGGGAAGUUGUACUCGGAAAACCCAGACGUCCGGGAUCACUGUCACUAUCAGGGAUACGUGGAGGGGAUACCAGAUUCUGCGAUUGCUGUCAGCACUUGCACUGGACUCAGGGGACUGCUGCACGUGGGAAAUGUCACCUAUGGAAUUGAGCCCAAGGACGACGACUCGGACCUCAAACACAUAGUGUACCGCUUGGAGAAUGUGCAGAAAGAGCCCAUGGUGUGCGGAGUGAGCAGCACCGAUCCGGGAAGAGAGCCCACAGAGUACGAGCAGCCUCCCGGCAUGACUCAGCUGCUGCGAAGUAAAAGAGCUGUUCUUCACCAGACAAGAUACGUGGAGCUGUUCAUCGUUGUGGACAAAGAAAGGUAUGAGGUCCAGGGUAGGAGCGAAGCUGCUGUGAGAGAGGAGAUGGUACAUCUGGCCAACUGCCUGGAUAGUAUGUACAUCAUGCUGAAUAUCCGUGUCGUGCUGGUCGGCUUGGAGAUCUGGAAGUACCAAAACCUGAUAAGCACCGAUGGAAGUGCUGGCGACGUGCUGGCCAACUUUGUGCAGUGGCGAGAGAAGAAUCUUGUGACUCGCCGGAGGCACGACAGUGCGCAGUUUGUUCUGAAGAAGGGGUUUGGCGGAACAGCGGGAAUGGCCUACGUGGGAACAGUGUGCUCCAAGAACCACGCAGGAGGGAUUAAUGUGUUUGGACAAAUGAGCGUACAGAUGUUUGCGUCCAUUGUGGCACACGAGCUUGGCCAUAACCUGGGAAUGAACCACGAUGAUGAAAGAGAGUGUUACUGCGGCGCUGACAGCUGUAUUAUGAAUUCUGGAGCAUCAGGAUCCAGAAACUUCAGCAGCUGCAGCGCUGAAGACUUUGAGAAGCUAACUCUCAACAAAGGUGGCAGCUGCCUGCUCAACGUUCCCAGGCCGGAUGAAACCUACAGCGUCCCGUUUUGUGGCAACAAGCUGGUGGAUACUGGGGAGGAGUGCGACUGCGGUUCCCCAAAGGAAUGUGAGAGGGACCCUUGCUGUGAAGCAGGGACUUGUAGACUCCGAGCGGGCGCUGAAUGUGCCUAUGGCGACUGCUGUAAAAACUGUCGGUUCCUUCCAGGAGGCACCGUGUGCCGGGCAAGUAACAACGAAUGUGACCUCCCCGAGUACUGCAAUGGGACCUCCCAGUUCUGCCAGCAGGACUUUACGGUGCAGAAUGGAUACCCGUGUCACAACGAGGAAGCCUAUUGUUACAACGGGGUGUGCCAGUACUACAAUGCCCAGUGCCAGGCUAUCUUUGGCCCAAGAGCAAAGGCUGCCCCUGACAUUUGUUUUGCUGAAGUAAACUCCAAAGGUGACAGGUUUGGCAACUGCGGCUACCACGGCAAUGACUACAGAAAGUGUUCCACCUGGAAUGCCAUGUGUGGGAAGCUACAGUGCGAAAACGUGGGAGCCCUGCCUGUGUUUGGGAUAAAACCCGCCACUAUUCAGACCCCCAUUGGACGCACCACGUGUUGGGGCGUGGACUUCCAGCUCGGAUCCGAUGUUCCUGAUCCCGGAAUGGUGAACGAAGGGACCAAAUGUGACGCCGGAAAGAUCUGCAGACACUACCAGUGUGUAAGCGUCUCUGUUCUGAAUUACGACUGUGACGUAGACAGCAAAUGCCAUGGACAUGGGGUGUGCAAUAACAACAGGAACUGUCACUGUGAUGCAGGCUGGGCCCCUCCAUAUUGUGACUCGACAGGAUAUGGGGGAAGCGUGGACAGUGGGCCUUCCUAUAAUGACAAAGACACCUCGCUGAGAGACGGGCUUCUGGUGUUCUUCUUCCUGGUCCUCCCGCUGCUUCUACUUGCUGUGCUGGCAUUUGCACGGAGAAACCAGCUGAAGCAAAGCUGCGGGAGACUGAUAUCACGCUGUCGCUCUUCCAAUUCCAGAUCACAUCGAACUCCUCCUCCUCUCCCUUGGCCUCCUGUAGAGACAGACCGCAGGCACUUCCAGCAGAGCACGCCGUACAAUUCGAGAGGCGUACCCACGGAUGUGCAGGCCAACCAGCGCCCCGUGCCAGCUUAUUCAGUCAAUCAGUGUCAUCAGCUUUCCCAGCCAGCCUAUCACCAGCCUUACUACCAUUAUCAUCAGCAUUACCAGCCAGCCUAUCACCAGCCUUACUACCAUCCUCCGCAGUAUCAGGAGCAGCUGCAGCAGAAGUUACCUACCAGGCCGCCUCCACCGCAGCAGGGACAAUGCAUUCCUUCUCGGCCGGCACCUUUACCUCCCAAGUAGCCUUCGAGUCCUCUGCCCCUCACCCCGAGCACUGAGUUCUCAGCUGAAAUUGUAUGUUAUCCUCGUGCCGAGCAGCCUGUGAUUUCCCAGAAAGUCUUCCAUCUGCAGCAUUGGAUAAGGAAAACGAGACUGAAUAAUACCAAGGACUGCAAAACUUUAAAAUACCUCUACCAAAGCUACAGGGACUGAAUACGUGAAGCCUGCUUUUAGCCCUGUGUGCGCGUCGUGGCUUUGCAAACUGACGUUGGACGAGCCUGUCGGAAGCUGUUCGGUCUGCAUCAAACAAUCCUUGACGUGCGGCACUUGGGAGGUCUUUGCUUUCCCCGUUGCUUGAAGAGACGUAAUCAUGGAGUUUUAAUGUGGGUUUUCUUAUGUGUUUUCAUUUUUGUGUGUCAAAUGGAGGAGGAACGAUUAGCCGUGCAGGAUACAGCUGUCAAAAACGGAACGGAGAAAAUCAGGCCAGUUGAGGGAAACCACCUUGGUUUUGCGUGGACUGCAUGGUAUCCAGUUGUACGCGUCUCAGAGCACAAGUGAAAUCAGGUGUUGGUAUACUUUCAGAGGAAGAUAAUUUAUACUGUAAACGUGUGUGUGCGCGUGCAUGUGUGUAUGAUUGUUAGCGGCGUCUAACGCUUCACUUUUUAAGCGGCAAAAAAUGGAUACUUUGGGCUGACUGACACUAAGCUGUAGGGAAUUACAGACAGUAAAAACUCAAAGUGUUUUUAGGUAAAAAAAAAAAAAUAAAUAAAUAAAAAUCAUGUAAGUAGCUAGAGCAGCAACCUCUACUAAUUCCCCACUAAUAUUUUUAGAUGGGCUGUAAAAGAACAGGUACGAAAAAUGCAGUAUUUCUUGGCUCGGGAGAGGGCAUGCUCUUUAUUUUGUUGUUCAGGCGUAUGCAGGAGCCGUGAUGAAGACUACAACGUGGGCUGACCGCUGUGUUGCGUUGGGUAUGAGACUGCUUGAGAUGUCUCGAGCGCUUCCAAGCCUUGCACCCGGUGAACACCAUUUUGCACCACCUUUCCCACGGGGAUGUUAGUGUCAGUCACGGUCAAUCGGACAGCCACCCACCUGCACGUCGUUCGUUUUUGUAUUUUCAUUUUUAAAAAAUGGGUUUUAAAGCUGUAUCUGGAAGGAAAAAAAAAAAAAAAAGACCCGUUCAGGCGUCAGUCGAAGUGUGUCAGCGUGCGAGCGGCGGUGAAGCGCAGCCUCGUGGGAGUCGCUGACUCGGUCUGGUGCGGGGGGACGCAGCGAACAGUGCCGGGCAGCAGUGAAACCUGGACAAAAGCAAUGCUGAAGCUUUUUCACUUUGGCCACUAAAACACAUGUUU